AUGUCUGGACUGAACGCAUCCCUCGGAUACUUUGUGGCUGUUCUGAUCUUUGCAGCCUCAGUUCGAAUACUCCUUAAAAAAUGGCCACGGCUUAGCUUCAUUUUGGAGUUUGCGUCGUCUUUCAUGCUGGUGGCAUGUUGGCUGGAGGUGCAGACCAUUGUGGAGGUGGGUCAGUGGGCUGGGGGCUUGGGCCCCGAUGUGACUGUAACCAUUCUGUUUGUGGUGCUGCUAACCCACGGUGUGAUCUGUGGGGGUGCAUCAGGGAAUCCCACCCUGGUGGUGCUGAAGUUCCUGCAGCUGGAGGCCACCACGAUGCCCACUCUCCUUGCUGUAGCAGCCCAGUUUCUUGGGGCCCACCUUGGACUCUUUGUAGCGGUAUAUUACUGGAGUCUGGAACUGACGGACAUGCACAUGAUCAAAAACCUGAUGGCUAGAGAGUGCAGCACAUCCCUGCUGGUCUCUUUGCCUCAGGGUUUUUUCACUGAGUGUGUUUGCGCGCUCAUCUUUCAUCUAAUACAGCUGAGCCUGCAACGCAGAUCUGCUUUGAUCCGGGUGCCCCUGAUUGCUGUUCUCCUCACUUUCCUGUCCCAUACAGCCAGAGGCUACACCUCAGCUUACAUGAAUCCAUCACUGGCCUAUGGCCUCACCUUCUACUGUCCUGGAUUCACCUUCACACAGUAUGCAGUAGUCUACUGGCUGGGCUCUCUCACAGGCAUGACUCUGGCUCUUCUCCUGUACAUGGGCCACAUUCCAAGGAUUUUUGCCAAGAAUCUACUAUAUUUUCAGAAGACACGCUUCAGAGUGCCAAAGGGGGACAAAGGAGAAAAGAAGAAAAAGUGA